AUGACCAUGCCCGCCUGGGCUCUGGCCGACCUCGUCAAGGCGCAGGCGCCCGGCGCAGCCGAGGCGCUGGGCGGGUUUGACUACCCACCCGUGGCGGCGGUGACGCUGGCCUACCCCGAGAGCUCCGUGCGGGACGACCGCAAGGCGGCGGACGGCAGCGUGCCCGGCUUCGGGCAGCUGCACCCCCGCACGCAGGGCGUGACCACCCUGGGUACCAUCUACAGCAGCAGCCUGUUCCCCGGCCGCUGCCCCUCGGGCGAGAUCCUGCUGCUCAACUACAUCGGCGGCGCCACCAACCGCGGCGUGAAGGACGCCACCACCGAGCAGCUGGCGGAGCAGGUGGACAAGGACGUGCGCAAGAUGCUGCUCAAGCCCGACGCCCCCCCGCCCCGCAUCGUGGGUGUGCGCGUGUGGCCGCGCGCCAUCCCCCAGUUCAACGUGGGCCACCUCGACCAGCUGGACAAGGCCAAGCAGGCCAUGGCGUCGGCGGGCCUGGGCGGCGUGCUGCUGGGCGGCAACUACGUCUCGGGGGUGGCCCUGGGCAAGUGCGUCGAGUACGGCUACGAGUUUGCCGAGCAGGUGGCCGGCUACGUCAAGGCACAGAAGGCGGCCGGCACCGCCGACACCCGGGAGCGCGUGGGCGCGGCCUGA